UAGCUAAGUCGGUCCGACUCUUGCGAUCCCGCCAGAUGGACUGGAUCCCGCCAGACCCACCUGUUCACGGGAUUUCUCUGGGAAGAUACUGCCAUUUCCUUCUCCAGGGGAUCUUCCUGACCCCGGGAUGGAACUCGCAUCUCCUACACUACUCCUACACAGGUGGGUUCUGUUCCACGGAGCCACGAGGGAAGCCCUCUAAGGACCUUACAAGCUCUGAAAUUCCCGAAGUUGGCUUAAUUUCAGAACGCACAACGGGGCUCCACUUCCCGGCGCUCUAG